CGGGAGGAGCUGUGCGGGCGCAGCGCGGAGUGCAGCCUGCACCUGGAGGUGAUCGUGGACAGGCCGCUGCAGGUGUUCCACGUGGAGGUGAAAAUUAAAGAUAUUAAUGAUAACCCACCGGUCUUCCGGAACAGAGAACAAAGGUUAUUUAUUCCUGAGAGUAGACAACUCGAUUCGCGUUUUCCGAUAGAGGGCGCUGUUGACGCAGACAUUGGUGCCAAUGCUCUUCUCACUUACACUCUGAGUCCCAGUGAUUUCUUUUCUUUGGACAUAAGAGCAAAUGAUGAACUGGGUAAAUCUCUUUCUCUUGAACUGAGAAAAUCUUUGGAUAGAGAAGAAACACCAGAACUUCAUUUAUUAUUGACAGCUACUGACGGGGGUAAACCAGAACUGGAAGGUAGAGUUCAGCUGCUAAUCACUGUACUUGACGUGAAUGAUAAUGCCCCGGUAUUUGACCAGGACCUGUACAGAGUUCACUUAUUAGAGACUAUAGCAAAUGGAACAUUAGUGACCAGGCUAAAUGCCUCUGACGCUGACGAAGGUGUAAAUGGUGAAGUAAUUUUUUCCUUUGGCGGUGGUGAUCCUCCUGACAUUCAAGAAAAAUUCAAAAUUGAUUCCACCUCAGGAGAAAUUAGUGUAAUUGGUAAUCUAGAUUAUGAAGAAAAGAAAUCCUAUGAAAUUCAAGUAAAGGCAGUUGAUAAAGGAAGUCCUCCGAUGUCAAAUCACUGCAAAGUUUUGGUGAAAGUGCUGGAUGUAAAUGAUAAUGCGCCAGAACUGGCAAUCACUUCACUGUCUUUGCCCAUUAGAGAGGAUGCUCCACUUGGCACGGUUAUCACCCUCAUUAUGGUGUCUGACCUCGACUCAGGUGUGAAUGGCCAGGUGACCUGCUCUUUGACACCCAAUGCACCCUUCAAGCUGGUAUCCACCUUCAAAAACUAUUAUUCACUGGUACUGGAUAGCACUCUGGACCGAGAGACCACAUCUGAGUAUAAGGUGGUGGUGACCGCGCGUGACGGGGGCUCGCCUCCACUGUGGACCACCGCCAGCGUGUCGGUGGAGGUGGCCGACGUGAACGAC